UCCAGCCGGACUGAAGCGAUGCUGCGAGGCUGAGAUGAUGGAGAGCUCGCUCGCAGCUGCCCAGGCUCUCUGAUACAGCGCCUCUUCACAAGGAUGGACGGCAGUGUCUUCCCCGACCAAGAGCAGCUGCUGGGUUUCCUGAAAAAGCUCAAAGAAGUGUUCGACGUGUGCGACGAGGACGCAGACGGAUAUAUUCGUGUUGAGCACUUCGUGGACCUCGGUCUACAGUUCGGCCAGGGAGAUGAAGUGGAGAAGUUGGCCAAGUACCUGGAUCCCAACGCUCAUGGCAGAAUUAACUUCAAAGAUUUCUGUCAUGGAGUGUUUGCAAUCAAAGGCUGUGAGGAGAUCCUGAAAUCAGCUCUUGGGACCCCCAACAUCAGUGCACAACCAUACCAGACGGACAAUGGCUACUACUAUCAGCACGGGGAGGGGCGUCUGGGACCCCCGAUCAUUGUGUGUACGCGGCCGUACCCAGAGUGCCAGCUCUAUUCUGAUGAGGACGCAAUGGGCGGACGGGACGUGCAGGAGGCAGACAUGGACAGUGCAGGAGACAGCGGGGCAGGGUCCGAAUCUUCUGAAGGAGGACGUCAUGAUGAGAAAGGAGGAGGACUGGGAGGACUCUUUCUGCGUGGAAACAACUGUGGUCAGAUGGUGUCGUCAGCAGCCGCUUCAGUGAUCUCUGUGGAGGAGCAGUUUGAGGACUAUGGAGAGGGAGAAGAUGUGGACUUCACUCCCAGCAGCCCCAUCCCUGAUGAUGACACACGCACCAAUGGUUUCUCUGACUUGGGCUCCUCUCUGCCCUCCAGUGCGGGUCAGACCCCUCAGAAGAUCAGGCACCUGUACAACAGCGAGCUUCUGGAUGUUUACUGCUCUCAGUGCUGCAAGAAAGUCAACCUGCUCAAUGACCUAGAGGCAAGACUCAAGAACCUCAAAGCUAACAGCCCAAACAGGAAAAUUUCCAGUACAGCCUUUGGUCGUCAGCUCUUCCACCACAGUAACUUCAGCAGCAGUCAGGGCAGCACAGAGGACCUGUUCAGAGACAGCAUCGACUCCUGUGACAUUGACAUCACCGAGAAGGUGAGUUAUUUGGAAAAGAAGAUAACAGAGCUUGAGAAUGACAGUCUGGCUAAUGGAGAUUUGAAGUCCAAACUUAAACAGGAAAACACACAACUAGUUCACAGGGUACAUGAGCUGGAGGAGCAGAUCAAAGAUCAGGAGACGCGUGCGGAGCAAGGUUUAGAGGAGGAGCUGAAGAGACACAGAGAAGCCUACAGUAAGAUGGAGAGAGACAAGAGUACUGAGAUUGAAAUGCUUAGCAACAGGGUCCAGCAGCUAGAAGAGGAGAACGCAGAGAUGAAAGUGAAUGUGUGCAGACUCAAGUCUCAAACUGAGAAACUGGACCAGGAGAAGCAGCGUAUGACAGAUAAACUGGAAGACACAAGCCUGCGUUUGAAGGAUGAGAUGGAUCUGUACAGGAAAAUGAUGGAUAAACUUUGGCAGAACAGACAUGAGUUUCAGAAGGAGCGAGAGGCCAUGCAGGAGCUGAUUGAGGACCUGCGGCGUGAACUGGAGCACCUGCAGCUCUUCAAACUGGAGACUGAGAAGCCCGGCCGUGGACGCAGCGCCGCAGGACUGUCCGAGUACAACGCCAAGACUCGAGAGAUCGAACUGGAGCAUGAAGUAAAGCGGCUUAAACAGGAAAACCAUAAACUCAGAGACCAGAACGAUGAUCUAAAUGGACAGAUUCUCAGCCUCAGUCUUUACGAGGCCAAAAACCUGUUCGCAUGUCACACCAAGGCCCAGUCACUGGCAGCAGAGAUCGACAAUGCCUCCAGAGAUGAGCUGGUUGAUGCUUUGAAAGAACAAGAGGAGAUCAACUUCCGUUUAAGGCAGUACAUGGACAAGAUCAUCCUGGCUAUCCUCGACCACAACCCCUCCAUUUUAGAGAUCAAGCAUUAGGCUCCUGAGAGCUGAUAGAGGACUCACACUCGGCAGAGAGCUCCCCCUUCAGGCCAGGGGUGUGAAAUGCACCGCCUCUGCCCCCUCACACCAAGUAUUUACAGAGCAAAAGAUCAUGUUUCUCGUGUGCUCCGUCUCACACAUGGGUCACGGUCUCCGUCACUAUUCAUGUCAUCACGCUGAGCGUUUAGGCUGUAGAACUGACAAAAACAUGUGCUGAAACUAGAAACUAGAGUAGAAGUGUACUUUUCACUCUCAGUUAUAUACACACUACCUCUGAGUAUGUACAACUCAGUGUUGUAUUCUACACAUGAACAAAACAAGUAGACUUAUAUUAAAUAUCACACCAUGUAGGAGAGCUUUACAUGCACCCUAUGGCAUGUGUGGGGUUUGUUAAUAUUAUUUAAGCAUUUAAUCAGCCCUCAAGAAUUUCUUUCAGUUUUAAUCAAUGGACUGGGCAACGGGAAGACAUACUGUAAUAAUCAGCAGAUAAGGGGACUUCUUUUGAAUGUUCUCUGCCAACAUACAUUGUGGUCUGCUGUUGAAACAAUAAUAAAAUAAUGCCAGUCCAUCCCAAGAUCCCAACACUGCUGUUAAUGGCUGAUGCUUUUAGUCUGGCUGAAAUGAUCUUACAGCUUCUAACUAACUAACUAACUAACUAAAGGGUCUGUGCUGACCAUCAGCUUCCUUUCUGUAGAGAAGCACAGGUGAACUAAGUGAGUACAGCCGACACAGUUAUACAAUAUAGUAUAUACGUAUAGAAAGACAACUCGAUUGAAAAUGUCAAAAAAGAAAGGUUUAUUUUUCUUAGAUGUUUGGAUGAAAUGGUCCGCUGAAGUUUAAGGAAGAGAUGGAUGUUAUAAAUGAUGAAUGAGAGGUAAAUGAUUAUGAUAUAAUUAUGUCUUCUUGUUGAACAAGAACUAUAAAAGUCCCCCAAAUGAUGGUCAUAAUACAGUCUGCUUUAAACAUUUAGAUCAGGGUCAGUGUCUGUACUAGAACAAUGCAUUGUCAGAAAUAAAAAAAACAUAUGCAAAUCCAUAUAUAAAAAGGUAUAUAUAUAUAUAUAUAUAUAUAUAUAUAUAUAUAUAUAUAUAUAUAUAUAUAUAUAUAUAACCGUUAAAAAGUUUGAGGUCAGUAAGAUUUAUUUUAAACAAAUGUAUUCAGCAUAGAUGCAUUAUAUUGAUCAAUAGUGACAGUAAAGACAUUUAUAAUGUUACAAGUGAGUUUGAUUUAAAUCUAUUCUGCUUUUUAAACCAUUAAUGAAGAAUCCUCCAAAUAUUAAGAAAUGUUACUUGAGAAGAAAAUCAGCAUAUUAGAAAGAUCUCUGAAGGAUCAUGUCACACUGAAGACUGGAAACUGUAUUGUUAAUCAAAAUAAAUGUAGCCUUGGUGAGAAAAAAAGACUUCUUUCAAAAAUGGUGAAUCUUACUGAUCUUAAACUUCAUUGUUUUUUUUUGGUCUUGGUCACUUGGACGAUAUUGUACAUCAGAGCCAUGGGUAAAGGAAGCUGCACAUUUAAUAAAAGUGCUUGAACUGUACAUCUCAUGAAUGUAUCGCCAUGCCACACUAUUCUGUAUUCCCAUAUUACCACUUUCCAGAUUUAGCUAGUCAACUACUAUGUGAAUCAGUGUUUUCAAUUCUUGUGUAGUUUGGGAAAGGAGCCAAUACUACUACAUGCUCGAUUGUCACAAACUAGUUUUGCUUUGUUGCACAAAUUAUACUGAAUCUGUUUCCUUGCAUGGUCUUAAUCUCUUUCUGUUUCUGCCCUUUAUUUGGAAUGUAACAGUUAAUGUUUCGGUUGUUUCAAUAACUAUUAAUCUGAUCGGUUCUAGAGGAACUUUUAUAUCUUUCUGUUCUCUUUGUGUUGUAGCAUUUUGCACUCAUUGUAAAUGUUGUACAGAAACUAGUUAAUAUUUGUAUUGAUGUACCACUCAUCAACCUUAAUGAAUAAAAGAAAGGCUGUCUUUUAUACAGUUUUAUGAGAAAUGACAAGCAACUAAGUAAUGUAUAAAUCAUUUGUAACUUCUGAAAUGACAUCACACCUUGCUCAUCAGUGCUGAUGUCACAGACAAGACUAGUUCUUCAUUAUCAAUCUAAAGAAAGGAAAUUUGAUUUCGAGCCGUUAGUUCUGAAGAAACGCAUAUAUCAAAACCUUAAUGUUUUAUAUAAUUUCUGUUUAACAUCUGGAUGACCAAACCCUGACCCAUUCACAGCAACAAUGUGAUUUUUGCACAUUUGAAGUGUUGUGCUGUGUCUGUGUCCACUGUUACAGGUAGACGUAACACAGUUUGACAUUUUUCUGUGGGUCAUGGUUUACAAAACAAAAUGUUUUUUGUUGUUUAUGCCUUUUUUGUUGUUAUAGACAAAGAUGGACCUUUCUUUUGUCCAGUGUGUGGGUAUGUAACUAGAUUACUAUUACUCAUUUAUAUUUACACGAGUAGAAAAGGACAAAUAAAAAAGCUUUCAGAAAAUUCAAUAAUAGUUUAAAAGCCUCAAGAGUUUGAAAUGUACAAUAAAUGACUUGUUUUGGCAUGGUUUAAAAUGACAA